CUCGACCUUGUCCUCAUCUCUCUUUCUCCACGCAUCCCUCACAUUUCAGACCCGCUGAUUCACUCGUACUAACCUAUUGGCUCACCUCAAAUAUGAAGCGCAAAGCCACAGCUUACCCAGAAAGACUAUGCCUUCCUUCUUUGUCAACCUCCUCGUCCUCCUCACUCACCGCCAGAUCCGUUCCCGACUCCAUCGAUGGCUAUUCUUCGAACACAUCGCGAAGUAUUUUGUCUCGCUCCGAGAGCACCGCUGGUCGUCACGGGCUUCAGUCUGCAAAAAGCGUUCAAUCGAUCCAAACUGAGCCAGAACAGGAUCGAAUCGUGGGAACGCUGACUGGUGUGGUCCGAGGUGAACAAGUCGUGAUAUACAUUCACAGCACGAGCUCAUACACGGUCAUUGGCUCAGAUGCCACUUGCAAUGUACGACUUUGGGACCAAGAUGUGUCAAGGAAACACAUGCGCAUCUACUCCAUACGAACUGACUCUGCGUUGAUGGUCACUUGCCUACAUGACAUUUCGGUCAAUGGCUUCACCAUCAAUGGCUCUCGAUUCCGAUCACGAACUCCCAUCUCGGUUGGUCAACGCAAGGUCUAUACCCAAGCUGCGAUAUUGAUGGACGGUGAUGUGCUCCGCUUUGCAGGGACUUCAUAUCAAUUCGUCUACGAGCACAAUUUCCAAGACUUCCCCCUUCCCUGUCAUUCUGCAUCGCCCAUUGAAGAGUUUGGACAGCUUCCAGACCCCAUAUUCGGACCGAAUGAUGAUCCCCGUGACAAGUACGACGCACAUCCAUGGAUCAUCCACAAUUAUCAACUUGGAUCCGGUGCAUAUGCGUAUGUCAAUCUCGCAAGUCACAAAGCUGGCGGACUUCAAGUAGCCUGUAAAACAGUCAAGAUGCUCACGGAAGAAGUAGACGAAGAAGAAGAAACCUCGGAUGGUGAUUCACUCCAAUCAUGGACAACCGAAGGCUCGUCAAGCACUAAGCGGAAGAAAGAUGUCCAGGCAUACUUAGAAGAAGUCAAGACCUUGAGAGUGCUCUGUCAUCCAAAUGUCGCUGCACUCCUCGAUGUAAUUCAUGACCCUGAGCAAUCACGGGUGCACGUCUUCAUGGAGCUCGUGACAGGGGGUGAUCUGUUUUCUCACCUUGAACGCUCAACCUUGACUGAAGGCGAAGUGGCCUUUUUGGCAUAUCAACUUUGCAAGGGGAUCGGAUACCUUCAUGAGCUGCGACUGGCUCAUCGUGAUAUCAAACCGGAAAACAUCCUCCUCGCCGUUUCUGACGCAUAUCCGAAAGUCGUCAUUACAGAUUUCGGUCAUGCGAUCAGUGAAACACAGCUUCUAGAGUUGAUCCCGUUGAACCCUGACGAGUUCUGCGCCCGUAUCUACCCAGUGACAGGGACGAUAGAAUACCUACCUCGCGAACGUCUCAUAGCGCUUCUCCGUCCACCAAGAGGUGUCCAAGGGACUCUAGAGGAGGUCGGGAUAGGUUGGGCAGAGAAGAGAAAUCAAAUCGCUGGCAAGUGGCUAGAAGAAGAGUUUGCGUUGGAUUCGUGGGCCCUUGGAUGUGAAUCGACGGCUGUAGUCACUCCAAACUGACAGACUCGAAGGCGUUCUUUACACGGCCUGUGCUGGAACGCAUCCUUACAUCUUUCAAGGGGAUGAAGACGGGAAUGAGUCGCUGAGUCUCCCCACACAGGUAGGAUCGGCAUGGGCGGAGUUUAGACGACUUAACGGAUCCAAAACCAUCGGACAAUCCUCGUCUUGUUUGCUGGAGGAGAAGCAAAAGGUGGAUGUUGAGAAGGCAAAGCUACGCUUGGACGCUUUCCUGACGAAAACUCACUGGAAGCCUGAACAGAAAUGGGAUUCCAUGAGCAAAGAUCGUGGGUGAUAGCGAUGCUACAGCGCAUGCCAU